UGUGUACUUUCAUUUUUCAUAUUGUUUCAAGUUAAAAAUAAGGACAAUGUGCAGGAAUUAUUGAUUGACAUACUUGAAUCUGUUCUUCAUGAAGCUGAUAAGACAGAAUUGGUGAAGAAAUUUUGUGACUUAUAUGAUUCUUUCAACGGCCAAGGUUUUAAGCCAAGCUUUGAAGAAGUUUUAAUGCUCAUCUUAAGUGACAAUAAAAGAAGUGCUGAUGUUCGCAAAAUGCUUAGAUUUAUCUCUGAUUGUGUGUUAACUUUGGAUAAUAAAUAUAAAACAGCACAUAGAAAAAGCAAUGGAACUGAAGAUGAGGAGGAAGAGGAAAUAAUGCAUCCUUUAUUAGAAUACCUGUUUCAAAUUUUAAAGCGUUGGUCUCGAGCAUCAUCUUAUACAGUGCGCUGUCAUGUCUGUCAGUUUCUUUAUAUGAUACUUACCAAUAUUCAAGAGAACGGUGUUGGAGAGAUAGCCAUGUCUGUAUAUGAUAACAUUGCAAAAAUUAUUGAAGAGAGAAGAAUAGAUGCUAGUGCUAUUGUGAGAAGUCAUGCUGUGUUAAUUGCUAAAUUUUUUCAAGAUCCAUCUAGUGUUAAUGAUCCUGUAAUUUCUGGUUUAUGUUGGCAGUUACAAAAUGAUCCUAAUGCACGUGUUCGGCAGAAUAUUGUCGAAAUUCUUGCUGCAUGUGAAGAAACUCUUCUGCCUCUUACAGGGCGAUUUCUUUAUGACCGAAAUGCUAAUGUCCGUAAUGCUGCCCUUCUCCACAUUUGUGAUAGGAUCAGUCCUCGUUCAUAUACAAACAAUCAGCGAAUACUAAUUUUGAAUCAGUGCUUUUUUGAUAGUUCAGAUAUAGUUCGUCGAAAUGUAGAAAAGCGUUUAAUACCAGUUUGGUUCAGAGCUUAUGGUGAUAAAAUAUGCAAUUUUCUGGGAAGUUUGCGAUCAGGAGCUGAUAGCCUUGAUAAUUUGAUGUUUAUGAACGGACUUUUGUUAUUAUUGCUGAAAAGUGUAAAAAUUGCAGAUGUGCUUGAAGAGUUGGAUUUAGAUGCAGAAACAGCUUUACCCAAAACUCCUUUAACUGGAGAAAGGAUAUUUUUAUGGCGUCACUUUUACAGAUAUGCUUUUCAUGAAGAAAAAUUAGCACAGUAUAUCCCACAGUUUGAAAAUCUGCAUGCAUUCAUUUUGAAGUAUUUUGAGAAUCUAUCUCUGGAAGAAGAUCAUGCUUAUAUUUUAAAUGAAUUCAUUUUGUUUCUUACUGAUAUCAAGAAUUUAAUAGGUGUUGAAAAAUGUGGGGAAUUUGUUUCUUUGAUAAUGAACCUUGUGAAAAAUCCUUUUGUAUCAAAAGAUAUAAUGCCAUAUGCUGUGACAUUAUAUGUAGCAUACUCUACUGGUAAAGAUACUAGUUAUGAAGAAUUAUUUCAAACUAUAGAAACGCUGCAAGCUAUGGCACAAUUUGCAGGAAAUGAGGGGAAAAAUAUGCUAUUGAAAUGUUUUGCUAUUUUUGAUGAAAUUCUUUCUCAAGAAGAUAUAGUGUUUACUGACAGAAUAACUACCAUCGAAAAGCAAUUGGUAGCUCCAUAUUUAAACUCUGAUGAUGCAGAUUUAAAAUCUGAAGCUAUAAAAGCUCUUUCUUUAUGCUGCUUGCAUAGUCUAGAAGAAGCACAAUAUUCUUGGCCUUUUUUCAUGGAAGAAAUUCGUGCAAAAUCUUCUAACAUUAGAAGUGUGCUUUUGAAGGGUAUCUUUGACAUUCUGAAGUGCCAUGGACAAAAUGUAUUUUGUGAAGCCGAAGAUAGGGAAGUGACAUUCAUUGACUUUUUAGAUGAUAUAUUAUCACAGUCAAGGGAUGAAACUGAAGAAAGAGACAUUAUAGUGAAAGGUAUCUUGAAAAUGUACACAGCCCAUCAUAUAUGGUCACCUCGUGUGUUAUCAAAAUUAAUGAUGCUGUUGUAUCAUCCUGAUGAGAAUUAUUCUGCAAGAAAAUAUGUUAAUUGUUUUCUACAAACCUAUGGACAUUCAAGGGAAGAAGUUGAAUGUCUGGUAAAAUCUUUCUUGGCCAUAAUCAACUUGCUAUUUGAUUCUGAUAAAUCUAGUCCAUAUCACAAUAUCAGCAUCAAAACAACUGCUCUGGAAUUGGUAGAAUUUUCAAAAGAGUACGAACAUUCCGAAGAGUUCUCAUUUAAGGAAAAAUUUCAAGACCUACUUGUUUUAAAAUUGACAAAAGGUUUUCUGAAGAAACCUUGGCGACUCUCAUCCCUAGAUUUAUAUAAUAUUUGUAGUGGAAUUAUGCCAAAAGAUCAUGAAAAGUUACUCAAGUUGAAAGAAAAUAUUAAAAUAAUUAUUGAGAGCCUUCAGUCGGCUAUAUUUCAACAAACAAAUCCCUAUUCUAAAAGAAGUAUACGAUUUUUCUCAAGUUACAUAAAAAAGAUUCAAGCUGCUAUAGAUGCAGAGCCUCCAGUGGAAGCAAAUGAUGAUUAUACAAUAAAAUCAGCUAUACCUGUAGAACUUCUCAUGAAUACAGAUAAUGAAGAUCAAGAAGCAGCAGUACCUUCACGGAAAUCCUUUACAUCAGAAAAGGUAUCAGCUAUACAUACAGAAUCUCUUGUGGAUACAAAUAAUGAAUGUCAAGCAACAUCAUUUGCACAGAAAUCCAAUACAUCAGAAAAUGAAAGCCAACUUGAAGCAAGAAUUCAACAUAAAAAUUCCACAUUUGUGCAAGAUCAUUCAGCUGCAAGUUCUCCCAUAUAGUCAGACUUUAAAGCAGCAGUUAUAAGCAGUCCUGAAUAAAGGAAGGGAACUUUAUUUAUGUAUAUAAUUUUUAAUAUUGCCUAUUCAAAAGGUUCUAAGGAUAUUAGGCAAAUCAUAACUGUAUGAAAUUAAUUUAAUAUCACUUCUAAGUGAAUACUGGUGUCAACUUCAUAAAUGAUAUUAAAUAUAUUUUUGUUAAAGCA